UGUGAACCCUCCACUCACACUAUUGAGAUAUAUUGACUAUUCGAUCAUUUCUUCUCCAAAAUCCUUAUUUAAUUUUUAAAUUUGUUUUCAUCCUAGGGUUUUAUGAGGGUAUAGAAGCAAGUGUAGAACACAAACCUCGACACUAAAAAAAAAACCGUAAUGGAUACAUCUACAACCACCUUGUCCAAACCUCACACAAACCACUGAAAAUGGAAAGCCCAGAUUCAAAAACCACAAGAUCUCCUCCACCACCGCCACCACCACAACAAGAACCCGAACCCAAAAAGCCCAAAAUGUCCACCACCACCACUUCGGACGACGAAGACACCAACACCACCACAAGCCCCAAAAAACAAAGAUACAAGCGCCGCAAAAUCGCAAUCUUCUUCGCCUACUGUGGCGUGGGCUACCAAGGCAUGCAAAAGAACCCAGGUGCCAAAACCAUCGAAUCCGACCUCGAAGAAGCGCUCUUCCUCUCCGGUGCGGUGCCCGAACAGGACCGAAACAACCCGAAACGCUACGACUGGGCCCGCUCGGCCAGAACCGAUAAGGGUGUCAGCGCCGUGGGUCAAGUAGUCUCGGGCAGGUUCUAUAUCGACCCGCCGGGUCUCGUCGAGCGGCUCAAUUCGAAUCUCUCCCCUCAGAUUCGGAUCUUUGGGUUCAAGCGUGUGACGGCGUCGUUUAAUGCCAAGAAGUUUUGCGAUCGAAGGAGGUAUGUGUAUUUGAUACCUGUGUUUGCACUUGAUUCCUCUUCGCAUCCUGAUAGAGAGAGCGUUUUGGCUAGUGUAGGGUCUGGGAAUGAGCUUGUUAAGUGUUUAGAAUGCUCCGAGAGAGGCCGUAAGGUCGUAGGUAUAAUGGGUAAGCGUAGUUUUGAGUUUAAACCUGUGAGUCCUGAGUCAGGCAUUUCGUCGAACAGUGAGGAUGCUAUAGUAGGAUCUAACAUUAACAAUGAAAAUAGGGGUUCUGUUGAAAAUGGUGAUGCUGAUAAGUCAAAUUCUGAAUCUGUGGAGGAACCUAAGGUUGUAGAUCACAAGGAAGUUUCUGAAAUUGUGGUUGAAACUGUAAGUUCUGACCAGAAUGAGGGUACUGAUGAGAAAGCAAAUGGAGAGGAGAAGGGUGCAAAGGGAAGUGGGUUUUGCUAUGGUGAGAAGGAGAGAGAGAGGUUUAGUGGAAUUUUGAAGCAUUACGUGGGGACUCAUAACUUCCAUAACUUCACCACCAGAACAAAAGCCGAGGACCCUGCUGCUAAGCGCUUUAUCAUUUCGUUCGAAGCAAACACUGUGGUUACGGUUGAGGGCAUUGAAUUUGUCAAGUGUGAGGUUGUGGGACAGAGCUUCAUGCUUCAUCAGAUUCGUAAAAUGAUUGGGCUUGCGGUGGCUAUCAUGAGGAAUUGUGCUCCGGAGUCAUUGAUAGAAAAAGCUUUUCAGAAGGAUGUGAACAUUAAUGUGCCUACGGCUCCUGAGGUUGGUUUGUUCUUGGAGGAAUGCCUCUUUAGCUCAUAUAACCAGAAGUGGAAAGACACUCAUGAAGAGCUGUCGAUGAAAGCAUAUGAAGAAGAGGCGGAAGAGUUCAAAAUGAAGCAAAUCUACUCUCAUAUUGCCUUAACAGAGCAUAAAGAUGGAGCUGUGGCCCUUUGGUUGCAUUCUCUGAACCACCGGAAUUAUCCAGAUUUACGCAUUGACAACAAAGAAGACACCAGUAAUGGGAAAAGUACUGAAGUAGUGAACAUGGCUGAGUGAAUUGGUACUGCAGGAAAGAUGAUUUGGAGCACUCUUUUAUGUGUGCCCUUAUUUACAAUAUUCAUAUACUAAUUGAUCUCCAUGAAAAACAAUCACGUGUUGGAUGUAUGGCCCCAAUAUGUGUUCUGUUUUCAGUUCAUCAUUUGAGGUAAUCCAUUUACAUAAUUUAUAUGAUUAUUGACAAGUUUUGAUAGGAUUACUGCAACUGUUGGUGGUUCUUUUAUAGCAUAUGGAUAUUUGAUAUA